CUCAGCCCUCGGAAGCGUGCUGCUGCAGCGGUUUGGUUGGGGCACUCUGAGGAAGGAGUGACCACCGCAACUGACCUGGCGGUAAGGGGGCAAGAUGUGUAAAGAGGAAGGCACCGCUCAGCCCAGAUGGUUGCCUGGAAUGUUAUACGUUGGCAACAUUGCAGGUUCCCUACCUGCAUGUCGUACCUGACGCUGGCAGCUUUUUGAUGCCAUCACAGUUUCAGCCGUCAACUCGUUCGCUGCUUCGCCAUAUGCAUUCACCUAGCCGAGCACUGCUCCUGCGUCCCGGUUACCGUUUGUCACCGAUAACCCACGAUGGCGGACCCGUACAACGAUGGGUUGGAUGAUUUCGAUCGCGACCUCCUCGGACACACCCCGUUGCACGCCCAACAUCUCAGCCAUGUGUCUCACCGCCGAGAAGCACUUGGGUACUUUCCGACGCCCGCUUCCUCCCAUAUUUCGCGCCCGCACGACAGACAUGACCCGUACUACGAGGCCACCCUCCUUCCGAGCCCUUCCUUCGAGCCGGAGCCUCUGCGAAGAACAUUGAUGCCGGAGGGCAUCCCGCGCUUCUCCCAGACAAACGCCAACUCUAGAUUCGAGCCGGCACAGCAGUUCAACAGAGAAACACCCCGCGCGUGGCAAGUCGGGGGCCCCUUAUUACACCUCGCCCCGCCAGACCAGCUAUCACAAACUGGCGGGUUCGAUACGAACAAUUCACACAGGCGGGGAAGCUCGAGUCCCACAGUUAGAAUAAGUUCCCGGAAGCAACGGGAUGCCUUGGCCUCUCUCGAAAGGCCACCGCAGACUCUAGGCCCGUCUCCGCAGGCUCAGAUUCAGCCCGCUCCAACAAGCCAAGCCGACCCUGGCACCGCGACCCCAAUUGUUCACGACAUCCCCCUCAUUAGUCUACGCCAGGCCCUGCCCGACAAGUUUCGCGCCAUCUUCCCCUACGAACUAUUUAAUGCGGUCCAGUCCAAGUCCUUCCAUACUAUCUACCGUACCAACGACAAUGUCGUCAUCGCGGCGCCCACCGGCAGUGGGAAAACGGCAAUCCUCGAACUCGCCAUCUGCAAGCUGGCUCUUGACCGAGGAAAUGAGAAUUUCAAGAUUGUUUACCAAGCCCCGACCAAGGCCCUUUGCUCGGAAAAGGCUCGCGACUGGGAGAAGAAAUUCAGCCACAUGAACCUCAAGUGCGCCGAACUCACUGGCGAUACUUCACAAGCUGAGAUGCGACGGGUUGGCGACGCUUCCAUCAUCGUCACCACCCCUGAAAAAUGGGACUCCAUCACCCGAAAGUGGCAGGAUCAUCGAAGGCUCCUGCAAAUGGUCGAGCUGUUCCUCAUCGACGAGGUUCAUAUCCUCAAGGACGUGCGCGGUGCAACCCUGGAGGCCGUGGUGUCGCGGAUGAAGACGAUCGGGGCGAAUGUGCGGUUCAUUGCCCUCAGCGCAACUGUGCCUAAUUCAGAUGACAUCGCAAGAUGGCUAGGCCGGAACCACACAAAUCAACAACUUCCCGCCCAUCGCGAAACCUUCGGUGAGGAAUUCCGUCCGGUCAAGCUUCAAAAGUUUGUCUAUGGCUUCGACAGCAACGGCAAUGAUUUCAUUUUCGACAGGUUCCUCGACCAGAAGCUCCCAGGAGUGCUAUCCAAGCAUGCCCGACAGAAACCAAUCCUCAUUUUUUGUUUCACCCGAAAGUCGUGCGAGAGCACGGCGGCAAUGCUGGCGGACUUUGCAUCUGGCCGGCCUGAGGGCGAGGACAUGUGGCCGGUUCCGAGGCAACGCGUCCCAGUCGUCAGUAGGGAGCUGCAAGAGAUUGUCAAAUUCGGUGUCGCCUUCCACCAUGCCGGCCUCGAUUCCCAAGACCGGGCCGCCAUUGAGCAGAACUUUUUAAAGGGUCAAUUGGGCGUGAUUUGCUGUACCUCCACCUUGGCCGUUGGCAUCAACCUACCUUGCCACACCGUCGUUCUCAAGGGAACCGUGGGAUUCACGGACGAUCAGCUGAAGGAGUACUCCGACCUCGAGGUGAUGCAGAUGCUCGGCCGUGCAGGACGACCCCAAUUCGACGACAGUGCGACUGCCAUCAUCCUCACCCGUUCCGCAAACAAGACCCGUUAUCAGAAGAUGGUUUCGGGCCAAGAAAUUCUGGAGAGCACUUUGCACCUCAACCUAAUCGAGCAUCUCAACUCCGAGAUCUGCUUGGGGACGAUCCACGAUCUGUUAUCCGCUAAAACUUGGCUCGGCGGAACUUUUCUGAGCGUCAGACUCAGGCGCAACCCCAACUACUACCAGCUCACCGGUGGGACAACGAACCCUACCCAGGUCGAUGCCAGAUUGGAGGAGAUCUGCGAGCGUGACAUCAAACACCUGCAGGAAGCAAAACUUGUCACAGAUCAGGACGCUUUCCGCUGCACCGAGUAUGGGCGUGCAAUGUCCAAGUAUAUGGUCGAAUUUCAGACGAUGAAGCUGUUGCUGCAGAUCCCGCGCGGCGCGGGAAUGGAGGCUUUGAUCACCACCCUGUCCCAAGCUUCCGAGUUCAAAGAAUUUCGUUUCAGACCAGCAGAAAGGCAGCUUUUUCGGGAGAUUAACCAGUCGCCUCUGAUAAUGUACCCGGUCAAGGAGACAGUGACUCAGACUUGGCACAAAGUUUCCAUUGUGAUCCAGGCUCAUCUUGGAUGCGUUCAAUAUCCAGACUCGGGCGGUGCAGCAAAAAUGAAGCGGCAACUCAUGAUUGAGCGCAAGUUGGUUUUCGAGAGACUGAACCGGUUAGUCCGAGCCGUCAUCGACUGCAAGGGCUACGAUCGCGACUCAGCCGGGACCAAGACGGCACUCGAGUUGGCAAGAGCGCUUGCGGCUCAGUCCUGGGAAGGGCGUCCCACACAACUGACUCAGGUUCCUAGCAUCGGCCCUGUGGGUAUGAGGAAGCUCGCGAGCAAGGACAUCCGCACAGUUCUGGAACUGGCAGACAAGGAUUACGACGAACUUGAGCGUUUGAUGUCACGCCAACCGCCCUUCGGUAGAAGUUUGCAGACACAUCUCGACAGCUUUCCACGAUUAGAUGUGACAGCGGUAGUGGUUGGCCAUCGGGUCCAGCCAAGGUCAGAAGACCCUGUCCUCAUUGAAGUGAAGGCAACACUCCGAUAUCUAAACCGCAAGGGCCCGCCGAAUUGGUCGAACCGCGUCCCAGCUCUGACCUUUCUUGCCGAGACUGAAAACGGGAUCCUGGUGUACUUUUGGCGUGGGAGCAUUAGAAAGCUUGAUAAGCAGGCAGGCUUCGAGCUCAAGUUCUCAGUCGGUUUACGCCAUGUCAAUGAUCGCGUUUUCUGCCACUUCAGCUGUGAAGAGAUCGUGGGCACAAUCGUGUCAACGACUCUUGAACACAAAUUACCAGCAUCCAUCUUCCCAUUACGACAGGUCAGCGACGGCAACUUUAGCCAACGGGAAAGGAAAGAUGGCCAGGAAUACAUUGAUAAUGAUAGUAUCGAUGAUUCGGAUCUCAUCCUGGCUACCGAACAGGCGGUCGUCCAGUCGUCGACGAGGCAAGAGGCCGAACCCGCUCCUGAACCCACUCAUGAGGACUACCCAUCAGUCGAGGAGCUAGUCGAGAUGAGUUGCUCACACGCGGCUUACAACUCUGACCACUAUCAAGCAGACCAUGGUGACGCGGAAGAGAUGGACUCCACGCAGAUGACCAUUCGGGAACCGGUUCAGUUGCCAAACGGCAGAUGGCAGUGCAAUCACCCGUGCAGCGGGGGCACGCUUACAAGAUCGGGUAAACCAUGCAGCCAUCGAUGUUGCAAGGACGGCCUUGACAAACCGCGCAGGCGGCCUUUGCAGCGGCCGAAAAGGAAGGUUGAGGAAUUGACGGGCGAUCAGGUGAAUACAAUGCCAUCUCAAUACUGGUCCACCCAGGGCCACCCUCAGAAACAACUACAAGGGGCGAGCCAACCCUCGGCAAGCAUCCCAGCGAAACGUCCAAAGGUGCAUACGACACCAUCAUCGACUCGGUCGACUUUGGCCCCAGAGCCCAAACCCUCUUUCAAGCCAUCGAAGAACUGGGAUACUGGUGAUCUUGAAGAGCUAGCCCUGGAGUGUAUCGACCUUUCGUUCACAGAUGACGAAAACGAUGACAUCUUCCAGUCUCUGGGGACUGGUGCCGCCACGAAGUAUGGGAUUGGCGUCCACACGUCGGGCACAGAGGGCAAACGACCCCUGGGCCAAGCCAAAGCCGCGACACCACCAACGCACGUGGACAACCGGCCUGCUACGACUCGGCAAAACGAUUACCAGGACGACGACCUGGACGAUCAAGACUUCUCAUUCAUUGAUCACAAUCACCCCUCCCACAACAAUACCAUGGUUUUGAGAACAGCAAGCGCUUUCAAAUCGGGAGCGAGCGAUGAAGUUCUGUACCAAGGAAUGCGCGGCCAGUUCGCCGAUGCCGCGAGCAGCUCUUCAAGCCAUGACGACUCCAGUUGCAUAACAGCAAUAACUCGGGGGACAGCUGAGUCCCGAACUUCAUGCACGUCCGUCACCGUUGAUGACAUUCCUGGGAUGACUUCGAAUCCGCCACCGAGCAGCUCGACGGCAACCGAGCCUAUUGUGUCUCCUACGAAGAAUACCCGAGAGAAAGCUAACUCACUCAGUGAAGAUAACGAGAGGAAACCCAUAAAUGGAAACAAUGAGCCUGAUUGGGUUGCCGACUUCGAUCCUGAGUUUGUUGAUAUGUUCAGGGGCUACGUGACGUUCGUUUGAGGCCUGGGACACAAAAAGGUGGACUUUAGUCCCACAGCAGUAGAUUUGCUUGAGGGGAAAGAUGGCCGGACCGACUGCUGUAAUUGGGAGCGGGAAAUCUGUUUUUUGAUGACAAACUUUGCAAUGUAGGACGGUGCAGGAGUCGUUGAUACUCGGCACCUCAUGCUCUAUGGGCUUCAUAUCAACUUGCAAUCUGUGCUGGCUCGCCUCUGGGCUCCCUAACCAUAUUAUCUCG